AUGGCAACGACGGCGCGCUUGAUCCUGCUCGCCGUCGCCGUGUCGUUGAUGCUGCAGCUCGCCUCCGUGUCGGCGGCGCCACCGUCGGGAUCCCGCGGCGGCGUUACGCUGCGCGUGGAUGGUAGACAGGUGGUGGUGGACAACGGGUUGGUGCAGGUGUCGCUGUCGAGGCCCGGGGGCCACAUCACCGGCGUCCGCUACGGCGGGGAAGGGACCAACCUGCUGCACUCCAGCAGGAGCAGAAACACUGGCGGGUACUGGGAUAUGGUGUGGGACAUCCCCGGCUCCGAUCAACGAGACUUGCUCAAUUCGCUGGAUGGCUCGGAGUUCAGGGUGGUAACGCAGAGCGACGACCAGGUGGAGCUGUCGUUCCGGAGCACGUACAGCCCGGAACGUCGGAACGCCGUCCGGCUCAACGUCGACAAGAGGCUGGUGAUGCUCAAGGGCAGCUCCGGGUUCUACAGCUACGCCAUCCUGGAGCACGGCGCGGACACGCCGGCCAUCGACAUCACCCAGGCCCGGCUCGCCUUCAAGCUCAACACGGACAGGUUCAACUACAUGGCCAUCUCGGACGACGUACAGCGGUACAUGCCGCGGGCGGCCGACCGGGACUCGUCCCGCAGCUCCCCGCUGGCGUACAAGGAGGCCGUGCUGCUGGUCGACCCGGCGGAGCCGCAGUUCAAGGGGGAGGUGGACGACAAGUACCAGUACACGCUGGACACCAAGGACAACCGGGUGCACGGGUGGGUCAGCACUAGCAAUGGCCAGCCGAGCCACGUCGGCUUCUGGCUCGUCACCCCGAGCAGCGAGUUCAAGAGUGGCGGGCCGCUCAAGCGAGACCUCACCUCGCAUGUCGGCCCGACGUGCAUCAGCAUGUUCCAUGGGAGGCACUACGUCGGGAACGACAUUGUGGCGCGCAUCGGGGACGGCGAGCAGUGGAAGAAGGUCAUGGGCCCCGUGUUCGUCUACCUCAACUCAAACUCGGAGAAGGGAGACCCGCGGGCGCUCUGGGAGGACGCCAAGGCGACGGCCCAGGCCGAGGCGGCCAAGUGGCCCUACAGCUUCCCGGAGUCGCCGGACUUCCACAAGGCCGGCGAGAGAGGCUCCGUCACCGGCCGAUUGCUCGUAAGGGACAAGUACGUGAGCAGGGAGAAUAUGCCUGCUCGGGCAGCUUACGUCGGCCUGGCCGCGCCCGGGCAGCCUGGCUCGUGGGCGACGGAGAGCAAGGGCUACCAGUUCUGGACAACGGCGUCGAACACUUCCGGCGAGUUCACCAUUGGCAACGUCCGGGCAGGGGAGUACAAUCUCUACGCGUGGGUUCCCGGGGUUCUCGGCGAUUACAUGAACACCACCCGCGUCACCGUAACACCCGGUGGUGCAAUCAACCUCGGCGAUCUUGUGUACGAGGCCCCGAGAUCAGGGCCGACGCUGUGGGAGAUCGGCGUCCCUGACCGGAGCGCGAAGGAGAUGUUCGUCCCCGACCCCGACGCGAAGUACCUCAACAAGCUCUUCCAGAACAAAGACAGGUACAGGCAGUACGGGCUGUGGGAGAGGUACGCCCAACUGUACCCGAUGGACGAUCUCGUCUACACCGUCGGCGAAAGCCAUCACUCCAAGGACUGGUACUUCGCACAUGUCACAAGAAAGGCCGGCGACGACAUCGUGCCGACGACGCGGCAGAUCCGGUUCCGCAUGGGCCGCGUCGUGCCCGGCGGCACCUACACCUUGCGCGUGGCCCUCGCGGCCGCUCACGCGGCGAGGCUGCAGGUCCAGGUGAACGGGGGGACGAGGCGUGGUGGCGGCAUCUUCGGCACGCCGGCGUUCGGCGACGGCAACGCGAUCGCGAGGCACGGCGACCACGGCACGCAGUGGAGCUUCGAGUUCCCGAUCAGCGGGAGACUGCUCCGGGAAGGCGACAACAUCAUCCACAUCACGCAGACGAGGGCGAACAGCAUAUUCUUAGGGGUCAUGUACGACUACAUUCGGUUUGAAGGACCUCCCGGUUCUUCCUAGAACAUAGUUUUUUUUUUCUUUUUGAGUGAUCUACUAGAACAGAGUUGCUUGUUGCUUGUUGAGA